GAGGAGAUUCAUGGCGAUAAAUGUGGAGAUACUCAAGACGUUCGAGUAAGUCGUCGCGUUCGAGUUAACGUCUACGUUUUGAUUUGGUCUACCGAGGGGCGCUGAAAUCAUGUAAAUCUCAAGAGAAUACCCUCUUAAGAAUCAUCGGCGAAAAGGAUAAUUAUAAGCGCGGAGCGCAUGCGUUGGAUAUCCUCAAUCACGGCGGAGAUUACUGCUGGGGGUAGUGGGGAUAAGGAAGCACAUGCUGCGAUACCGCAACGUUUAAUCUUCAGUCACUCGAGGAUAGGUCUCAGGUGCAGGCACGUUUUAAAAACUAGUCGGUGCUCUCGCGUUACUUCAACGAACAACUGUUACGACGAAUUUGGAUUCAACUAAUUUAUCUCGCUGAUCCUCGCCAUCAUCGACGGUUUAAAUAAACUUCGUCCUAACUUCCUACAAUCCAGAGGUGUGCGAAGAGUAUGGGCGGCAUGACGCAGAGAUCAUGGACACCCACUAAAAGACGGGGCCCCAUCGCUGCAGAAUAUACCAGUCCAGGCCCAGCUUGUGUAACUUUGCCCCCGCUGAUCGGGAAAACCGUUCCCGAUUCAAAGCGGGGCAGAGCGCCAGCCUUCUCUUUUGGGAGCAGACAUUCGGCAAAAAACAACAGUCCUGGACCAGGCCCUGGUCAAUACAAUGUUUCCGGACUUAGCGCGAAAGGAAAAGAUGCAGCGCCGGCGUCGUCUUUGCACGGCCGCACGAAAUCUACAAAAGAGGAACCGACACCGGCACCGGGCGAUUACAAUCCGGAAAAGGCUGAAAAGGUCAUUCUAGACAGUUCGCCAAAAUUCUCGUUCGGCAUCAAAACGCAAACCGAGAAAAUCAGCUGCACGCCUGCACCGAGCGACUAUUGCACCGAAAAGGUGACUCUCGACAAAGCCCCCGAGUACAGUUUCGGCGUAAAACCUGUAUUGGAGAAACCGAGCGAUAUUCCUGCACCGGGAGCUUAUUGCCCAGAAAAGGUAAGAUUGGACAACGCGCCGCAAUUCACCUUCGGACUUAGACCUCCUCUCGAAAAGCCAAGCGAUACUCCAGCACCUGGCACCUACAGUCCUGAAAAAGUCAACUUGGACAAGGGUCCUCAAUAUAGUCUCACAGGAAAGGGUCGUAUAGAGAAACCGGACAACACUCCUGCGCCAGGUACGUACUGCCCAGAAAACUUAAAAUUGGAUAGGGCACCGCAAUUUUCUUUUGGACUGAGGACCCCCAUUGAGAAAACGAAUGAUACUCCAGCACCUGGUACUUACUAUCCCGAAAAAGUUAAUUUGAGCAAGGGUCCCCAAUAUAGUUUGAGCGGGAAAGCUCACCCUGAAAAACCAAACGAUAACCCCGCGCCGGGAACAUACAGCCCGGAAAAAGUAAAUUUAAAUAGAGGCCCUCAAUUCAGUUUGUCUGGUAAAGGGUUACCAGAGAAACCUAACGACAAUCCAGCGCCGGGGUCAUAUAGUCCUGAGAAGGUAAAUUUAGAUAAAGGGCCUCAAUACAGUUUGUCUGGGCGAGGUACACCAGAGAAACCUAACGACAAUCCAGCUCCUGGCGCCUAUUCUCCAGAAAAAGUCAAUUUCGAUAAGUCUCCCGAGUAUUCUUUCGGCUUAAAGGCAUUCGUUGACAAACCUAACGAUGUACCUGCGCCUGGAAGUUACCAUCCGGAAAAGGUAAAUCUAAACAAUUCUCCUCGAUACAGCUUUGGCGUUAAGACCGAUAUACACGAAACAGAUUCUGUACCAGGUCCGGGCGAAUACAGUCCAGAAAAAGCUAUGCUUUUAUUGGAAACAGCAUUGCGAUUUACUUUCGGUCUCAGGACAAGUAUAAAUAGACCAAACGAUAUUCCAGCACCAAAUGUUUACAACAUUCCUUCUGCUCUUGGUGGAACGAAGGAGGGCAACAAGAAAACGGCACCGGCUUAUUCGAUUUCCGGUAGACAGAAAGUCUUCACGGAUGAUCGUGUUUUGGUUCCCGGACCCGGAACGUACGAAGCCGUAAAGCCGGACGCAGUUAGAAUGAAAAGUCCCGCUUAUAGCAUAAGUUCUCGCUAUCAGCUGCCUGACGAUCAUUCACAGGUUCCAGGACCCGGAGCACACUGUCCAGAAAAAGUAGUUCUUGAUAUCCCUCCAGCACAUUCGUUUGGCAUUAGACACUCACCGUAUAUAUGCAACCUGAAGGACGUUGUUUAUUAACAUGAAAACGUUGUGGGGGUUGGUAUUCGUCAUUAUACUUUAUACUUUAAGAUAGUAAAUUACAUAUCAACGAUAUAACAGAAAUAAUAUUUUAUUGGAAAGUGAUAACAUAACGCGUGGACAAAUCUUUCCUUAACGCUUUGCAGAACUGAUUACAAAAUCUGGUGCUGCUAAUUCAUUAAGUAUGCAUUAAAAAGAAAAGGUAUUUUUAUGAAAAAUAAUAUGCCAUUUAACGCUAUUAUUUGUAUUAGAGAUUAUAAUAAUGCAAUACAUUUUAACAGAGAAAAUUAAUUUUUAUCGUUUACUUUGAGAUUUAUAUUAAGGAUGUUCUGAGAAAUUUUAUGUUGAAAAAGAUUGAGCUAACAAAAUAAAUGUUUAUUUCUUUGUCAAUGUAUCGAAAGCAUUUCAUCAUUGAAUUUUUUACAAUCGGUAAAGUUAUGAUAAAUGUUGAUCGUUAUUAAGUACAUUCAUAAAAAACUUACUAUACAAAACAAAUACUGGAUUGUUAUAUUUGAAAUACAUUGUUAGGAAUA